AUGUCUUCUCACAAGACUUUUAGGAUCCAGUGGUUUCUGACCAAGAAACAAAAACAGGAUUGUCCCAUCCUGCAAUGGAUUCAGAUGAAACCUGGUAAGAAAAUCUGGUACGACUCCAAGAGGAGAUACUGGAGAAGAACCCAACUGGGUUUAUAA